GUGAAUACAUUGCUUACACUAGGUUAAAAUUAUAGCUAACCGAAGAUUUCUACAUGGCGGAGUGAAAAACACUACAUCCUGUUCUCUCCGAGAUGAAUUCAACUUUGUCAGGCGCAAAAAGUGAAUUUCACUGCAGUGCUAUCGACUACCAAUUGCCAACUCCGAACUCCAAUAAGCUUAUCCUAACUCGGAUCGCCAAGCCCGUACAAGUCCAUCAGUCAAAUAACGUCAUCCAUGGCACAUCAAAUGCUAGAGAAUACAAAGCUGAAACUAUUAUUACCAGCGAUUCUGAGGUAGCAUGCGAUCAACUCUGCUCACACUGUAAUGUUGGCGUAGUGGAGAAAAAUUUUACAUUUUCCGGAGUUCUAUUAUGCCUCAUUUGUUUCCCUUUUGGUUUCAUCUGGCUCUUUUGGAUGAUGGAAUCGCAAUGCAACCAUUGCGGGAAGAUAUAUUUAUGAAAACUA